AUUUAAUUUGCAGUCAGCUUCCAAAAUUGGUUUUGAAAGUUGAGUGUUCUUGCCUCUUGUUAUAGAAAAUAAUUCACAUAAUAUAUAAUUAACAUGUACAACAAUGACUCUUACAGGUGGAGCAAUCCAAAGUUUUAAUCAAAGAAGGUGGUGUUCAGUUGCUGUUGACGAUAGUUGAUACUCCAGGAUUUGGAGAUGCAGUGGAUAAUAGUAAUUGCUGGCAGCCUGUUAUCGACUACAUUGAUAGUAAAUUUGAAGAUUACUUAAAUGCAGAAUCUCGAGUGAACAGACGUCAGAUGCCUGAUAACAGGGUGCAGUGUUGCUUAUACUUCAUUGCUCCUUCAGGACAUGGACUUAAACCAUUGGAUAUUGAGUUUAUGAAACGUUUGCAUGAAAAAGUGAAUAUCAUCCCAUUAAUUGCCAAAGCAGACACACUUACACCAGAGGAAUGCCAACAGUUUAAAAAGCAGAUAAUGAAAGAAAUCCAAGAACAUAAAAUUAAAAUAUAUGAAUUUCCAGAAACGGAUGAUGAAGAAGAGAAUAAGCUGGUUAAGAAGAUAAAAGACCGUUUACCUCUUGCUGUGGUAGGUAGUAAUACUAUCAUUGAAGUUAAUGGCAAAAGAGUCAGAGGAAGGCAGUAUCCUUGGGGUGUGGCUGAAGUUGAAAAUGGUGAACAUUGUGAUUUUACAAUUCUAAGAAAUAUGUUGAUAAGAACACACAUGCAGGACUUGAAAGAUGUUACCAAUAACGUACACUAUGAGAACUACAGAAGCAGAAAACUAGCAGCAGUGACUUACAAUGGAGUGGAUAACAACAAGAACAAAGGGCAGCUUACCAAGAGCCCUCUGGCACAGAUGGAAGAAGAAAGAAGGGAACAUGUAGCCAAGAUGAAGAAGAUGGAGAUGGAGAUGGAACAGGUGUUUGAGAUGAAGGUCAAAGAAAAAGUUCAAAAACUGAAGGACUCUGAAGCGGAGCUCCAGCGGCGCCAUGAGCAAAUGAAAAAGAAUUUAGAAGCACAGCACAAAGAAUUAGAGGAAAAACGUCGUCAGUUUGAAGAAGAAAAAGCAAACUGGGAAGCUCACAAACGUAUUUUAGAGCAACAGAACUCUUCAAGAACCUUGGAAAAGAACAAGAAGAAAGGCAAGAUCUUUUAAACUCUAUUGACCACCAGUUAUGUAUUAGUUGCCAAUAUGCCAGCUUGGACAUCAGUGUUUGUUGGAUCCGUUUGACCAAUUUGCACCAAUUUUAUCCAUAAUGAUGGAUUUAACAGCAUGACAAAAAUUAUUUUUUGUUGUUGUUCUCGAAGGAGAUUAAGAUGCCUUGAAUUGUCUAGAUAUUGUGUACUUAGAAAUUAACAGCUCUAAGUACCAUUCUACAUUUUUUUCUUUUUUUUUUUUAAAUUAAAAAGAUGUCUUCAGUUUAAUGCAAGAAAACAUUUUACUGUUGUACAAUCAUGUUCUGGUGGUUUGAUUGUUUACAAAAUAUUCUAAAAUAAAAGGACUCUGGAAGGUUUUCAUUGAGGAUAAAUUGCCAUAAUAUGAUGCAAACUAUGCUUCUCUAUGAUAAUUAUAAUACAGAGGUUCCAUUCGAUGCAGCCUAUACAAUAAUGUAUUUAGUCUAACACAGUGGACCCUAUUUUUUGACACUUCCAUUGUUUAAAAGUACACAUGGAAAAAGCCUAUAUGCUUACAGUGCACCUAGAGCUUUUUAUAACAGCCUUUUUUGUUGUUUGUUUGUUUUGGAUUCUUUAAAUAUAUAAAUAUAUUAUUCUCAUUUAGUGUCCCUUUAGCCAGAAUCUCAUUACUGCUUCAUUUUUGUAAUAACAUUUAAUUUAGAUAUUUUCCAUAUAUUGGCCCUGAUAAAUAGAAUAUUAGCAUCUUUCAUAUGGUAGGAACCAACAAGGAAACUUUGCUUUAACUCCCUUUUUACACUUUAUGGUAAGUAGCAGGAGGACAAAUGCAUUUGUAGAUCAUUUCUAGGCAAAUUGUGAAGCUAACGACCAGCCUGUUUCUACCUAUACUCAGUCUUGUUUUACUAGAAAUGGGAAUCAUGGCCUCUUGAAGAGAAAAAAGUCACCAUUCUGCAUUUAGCUGUAUCUAUAUAUUGCAUACCUGUAUUUUUUUGUUUGUAUUGUAAAAAAACUCACAUAAUAAACAAUGUUGUGAUGUAAUAGA